AUGAUUGGAAAUAAAACAUCAUCUAACUUAAAUAGUGUUAAUUUCGUUGAUUUUAUAAAUCCAAAAUUAUUGCAUCCUCCAUCAAGAAAAAUAUAGCUUAUACAACAAACUAAAUCAAUUAAGUUACUAAGGAAUUAUCAUAAAAUUUCACAGAUCUUCACAGAAUUUCAAUCUCCAAUGAUAGUGAAUAGACUUAUAAUCAAAAAUGAAUCUUUAAAUUCAAUACAAAAGUCAUAAUAAUCUCUGGAUAAGGAAAGAUAGACUUCUAAAAUUGAGAAUGAAACCUCUAACAAACCUAGAUUAAAUAGUCCGUAAAACAGCUUACCACAGAUAUCUUUGGCAAUUAUGAAUACUCAAUUUAAAAUAAAUGAUCUGAAUAGAAAUAGUAACAUUAUUCUAUAAACACAUAAAAGUGAUACAAAAAGAUCAAUCAUUCCUCAAAAAUUGAAACCUAGUAGUAAUAUGCCAAUAAAAAAUUAUACUUGUAACUCUAAUAUUACAGGAAACAGUAAAGAUUCAAAUUCCCAUGUUGGAAAUACUUAAUAAUGUAAUACGGCUAAAAAAAUAAUCUAUUCUUAUUGUGGUAAACCUAGAAAAAGAAAGUUAAAUGUAACUGCAAAAAGUUUUGUUGUUUAUAAUUGCAUCGAACAUAAAACUAUUUUGAAAAGAAAAAGCAAUAAGAAAGUUGAAGUUGCUAGUUUAACAAAAAUCAUGACUUUUUAUGUAACCUUGUUAACCAUUGAAUUAUUAAAUCUUAAUGUGAAAUAGAUAAAAGUAAAAGUGACAAAAAAAGCAUCUUAGAUAAUUGGCACAACUGCAGAAUUAUAAUAUAAUGAUAUAUUAUCUAUUGAAGAUCUGCUUUAUGGAUUAAUGUUGCCUUCAGGAAAUGAUGCUGCAGUUCUUAUUGCCUAAGCUAUUGGAACUAUAAUGUAAAAAUAAUAUAUCUAUUGACUUGAUUAGAUUGUUUAAUUAAUAAAAUAAGAGUCUGGAUCUUAAAUUACUUGAUAUAGAACAAUUAAGUGCAGAUGGAUAUUAUUAUAAUAAUGAAUUUAGAUUCUAAUAUUGUCCUAUUGAAAUUUUCAUGAAAUAAAUGAAUUAAUACUCUCUUAAAAUAGGAUAAAAGAACACUUAAUUUGCAUGUGUACAUGGAUUGGCAAAUGAAGAUAAUGUAAAUAAAGAAUUUAAAUUAGUAUUCUUGUUGUAAUGAUAUCAUAACUCUAUCUAUUGAAUGUUUAAAAUACUAAUUAUUCAAGACAGUAAUUUCAUGUAAAGAAUAUUUAGUUAAGACACUUUAUAAAUAAUAUGAAUGGAAAAACACUAAUAAAUUAUUAGAUAAAGGUUUCUUUGGUAUUAAAACUGGAAUUACUGAUUCGGCUGGUCCUUGUUUAGCAAGUGCAUAUAGCUCUAAUGAAAUGGAUUACUAUAUUAUUAUAGUGUUAAAUUGUAAGAAUUUAAACAUGAGAUUUGAUGAUACAAUAAUUUUAUUAUAACAUGCAAAAUAAAAAAAUGAUGACUUAAACUGA